GAGCGCCAAGGGAGGGUUUAGGGUUCCUGGCAGCCAUGGCGACGAGGCCCGUGGCGUGCGAGCAGAACGAGGGCUUGGCGCUCUACAUCUACUGGAAGCGCGAGGAGCUGAUGCAGAAGCCCAGCUUCAGCGACAAUCUGGAUGCCACAUUCACGACGGCGUACAGGAAUGUGUGCGAUCACAAGGCGCCGAUUUGUACCCUCAAAGAGGCUGCCAAGGUCAGAGGAAUUGGCGCUUGGAUGCUCAAGCAGCUCAAGGAUUUUUUCGCUGAUGGUUUGGAGCACGCUUCUCAAGAGGAUGUUUCACAAUCGAAGAAGAGGAAAACAACGAGAAGAUAUUUACCACAGAAGAAUUCAGCACCAUAUGCGUUAUUAAUCACUUUAUACGGAGGCUUUCUAAACGAAGGGAAGUCAUACAUGAUGAAGCAAGAGCUCAUUGACGCGGCAGAACUUAGCGGACUCUCUAAGAUGCAAAUUCAGCCAUCGAACAAAAACUCAACUGGGAGUGGGCGAUUUGGUGACUCUACCAAGGACUGGUACUCGGGCUGGUCGUCCAUGAAGACGCUUAUCUCGAAAGGACUUGUUGUCAAGUCGAGUUGUCCCGCGAAGUACAUGCUGACAGAAGAAGGCCAUGAAACUGCAAAGGAGUGUUGCCUGAGAGGUGGUUUGCUGGAUGCUUCCACAACAUCAAACCAGACUUCUAGUCAGGCCCAGCCUACAAAUGCUUCUCCUUCCGCAGAUCAAAACUCGUCCCAAAACCAGAGUUCUUCUCCAGUUUGCACUGUGAACCGAAAUCCAGGUCCAACUUAUGCUGCUGUUGCUGCUGCUGCAAAGGCACCUACCAUAAUGCGGUGUGAGCGGCAGAUAAAAUCGAAUGAGACUAGGCUUCAUGGUGCGGAUCAGGCAACACCAGUCACGGGAACUGGAGCAAGCAUCGGCAGCACAAAAUCCUGUCUUGCUGUUCCUCCUCUGAGUGAGGGCGAAAGUUUCGCUAAUGUAUACAGUGUUAUCUUGAUUUUGGAUGACAGAGAAUGCUUUACACGCGGUGGUAGGGGAACUUCGAAGUCAAUGUUUGCCGAACGGUUGCGACAACAAUACAAAGUGGAUGUCGAGGUGAGACAUCUACCAGUUGGAGACGCUACGUGGGUGGCGUACAACAAGCUCACGAGGCAGGAGUUUGUAUUGGACUUCAUCGUGGAAAGGAAAGCGGUCGAUGACCUGUGGUCGUCAAUCAAAGAUACUCGUUACAAGACGCAGAAACUAAGACUAUUGCGCUGCGGGAUAACCCGGUUAAUUUAUCUUAUUGAGGGCGAUCCAAAUCUGAUAGACGGCGCGGAAAGCAUUAAAACUGCAGCUCUGACAACCGAAAUACUUGAAGGAUUCGACGUCCAGAGGACACGAGACACUCACGACACAAUAAGCAGAUAUGGAGAGCUUACGAAUGCAAUCAACAGGCGUUACAGCGGUGAGACAGGUGGCUUGUCUGGUGAAAGCAAGCGAUGCAUGAGCUACCAGGAGUUCCUGGAGCACUGCAGCGACGUCGAGAAGGAAAGAGUGAGAGAUGUGUUCGGGGUGCAACUCAUGCAAAUAAGGCAUGUAACGGAGGACAUAGCUCUUUCCAUCCUGGACAGGUAUCCAACUGUGUUGGCUCUGGCUCAAGCAUACACUGCGCUGGAAGGAGAUGUUUCCAAACAAAAGAAUCUUUUGACAGGGCUUGGGAUUCUAAACAAGAACAAAUCCAUUAGCAGUGUAGUGAGCAGAAACGUUUACAACUUUUUCUGGGCUCCAUGACGAUUUUUCUACUUGCAACCGUUGGCUAAAGGAUAGUAUACAGCUCUUUUGACUCCCUCAAAUCACAUUAUAACCCAGGCUGUGAUCUUGCGAGCUCACACCGAGGUCAGCAAACAAGAUAACCUGUUUCCUCAUUAAUGAAGCUUGCAUUUCGUGCAGGCAUAGAAA